AUGCCUAUGGCGCCUACAAGUGGCACGAACUCUGGACGUCAAAUAGGGAUUAAUAAUGGCACUAUCAGUCUACAGUUUGACCCCGUUAAUCUCUCUCCUGAACAAAUCGAAAAUCGGUUAGACCGAGCCUGCCUCCGGGAUUUACAGACGACCGACCCUCGCCACGACAAGGAACGUAUCGAGACGGUCAAUGGUGGACUACUGAAAGACGUAUAUGUUUGGAUCCUUGACCAUGCCGAUUUCAAACGAUGGCGCUACGAGCAACAGAGCCAGCUGCUCUGGAUCAAAGGAGACCCUGGGAAGGGUAAAACAAUGCUCUUGUGUGGAAUUAUCGACGAGCUGGUUAAAUCUGCCUUUGGGGCUUCUAUCGUCUCCUUCUUUUUUUGCCAGGCAACCGACAUACGGAUAAACACAGCCACUGCAGUCCUUCGCGGCCUGAUCUUUAUGUUGGUUGAUCAGCAGCCAUUGCUCAUCUCCCACAUACGGCGACAGUACGACAAGCGCGGGAAGCAGGUCUUUGAGGAUAUUAAUGCGUGGGAAGCUUUGUCAGAAAUCCUUAAUAGUAUCCUCGAGGACCCACUGCUACAGAAAACCUUUUUAAUUAUCGAUGCUCUCGAUGAAUGUACUAUCGGUCUCAAUCGACUUCUUGAACUUAUCGCCCAGAAAUCAUCUGCAUAUCCACAUGUCAAAUGGAUCGUUUCCAGCCGUAACUGGCUAGCCAUCGAAAAUGCUCUUGAUGCUACAUCCCAGAAAACAAAGCUCUGCCUUGAGUUAAAUGAGACAUCUGUUGAGCAGGCCGUCACUGCUUUCAUCCAACACAAGGUUCGCAAAUUGACAGAAACGAAGAAAUACACUGCCGAAAUCCGUAAUGCUGUUUCACAACACUUGUUAUCAAACGCACAUGGUACCUUCCUUUGGGUUGCCUUCGUAUGCGGGAGUCUCAGCAGAGUCCCGAAAAGACACGUCAUAAAAACAUUACAAAAAGCUCCUUCUGGCCUUGAUGAGAUUUAUGCGCGAAUGCUACAUCAAAUUAAUGCCUCGGAUGAUGCCGAACUCUGCAAGUCUCUCCUUAGUGUUAUCGCGACUGUUUGCUACCCUAUGACAUUGGAUGAAUUAGCGUCUUGCAUUGACUUUCCUCAAGACAUUGCAGACGAUCACGAGUCACUGGAAGAGAUUAUAGCCCUGUGUGGCUCUUUUUUGACUCUCCGUGGACUCACGGUCUCUCUAAUUCAUCAGUCGGCCAAGGAUUUUCUAUAUCGCAAUCAGGUGCUAGGACUAGACCAUCCGGGCACUCUAACGAGCAUGGGCAACCUUGUAAAUACUUACACGAACCAAGGACGAUGGAAGGAGGCAGAAGAGCUACAGGUGCAGGUGAUGGAGGCCCGCAAGCAGGUGCUAGGGCCAGAGCAUCCCGACGUCCUAACUAGCAUGAACAACCUCGCAGAUAUAUAUGCGAACCAAGGACGAUGGAAGGAGGCAGAAGAGCUACAGGUGCAGGCGAUGGAGGCCCGCAAGCAGGUGCCAGAGCCAGAGCAUGCCGACACGCUGGAAUUGUUGGCAGGGGCUGUCGCGCACAAUAGGCAAUAUUCACCCUACUUGGAGGAUGAUGAGAAUUCUGUGGAUUCCCAUUCAUCCAUGGAUCUAUCCACUGGAAACGAAUCAGUCUUUUCCCUUGCCUCCAUUCCUAGCACCAGAUCAUUGGGAUCUGGAAGCGGGGAAAUAAACUCCUUUCUCAUUCAGGAAUUUGCAACCCUGCUGCAUGAGAAUGGCAUUCUGCUCUCGCUAGUUUCAAUUGGCGUAUCAAAACAACAGAUUGGAUUCGAAAGGAUGCGAAACAACUUUCGGAGAUUGCUGCAACACUUCGCAAAUGAUCUCAAGGCAGAGACCCAGGGCGAACUGCACCGAGAGCUCAGGAGCUUUGUAAGCUCCUAUUCAGCCAUGAUCACCCGGGAGCUCUUUGCCAUGGACCACAUCGACGAAAAGCAGAACAUUAAACCUCCCGUUCCGGAAAUAGAACAUGAAAUCGCAUCAGUCGAAAGACGUUCAGCCUUAGAGAGGAAAGUGGAAGAUUAUCUUGAAAAAUUACGUUCGGAUCCUGCUCCUCACAAGAUAGCAGAGCUUGAUGAGGAGAGUGACGAAGACUCCGUUGCCGAGGAAGCUGGCGAAGAUGAGCCAUAUGAGGAGGGAUCUUUGCAACACGUGGAUCAAAUAAAACGCUUUGUUUUGGAAAGCACCGCCUACCAAACCCUUCUUUGUCGGCUUGAAGAAUUCGUUCAGCCUUCGCUGUACUCUGGGCUUCGAAAUCUGGUGACGAGGUGGUCAAUUCCAGAUAAUCGGAACCAUCGCGAUGUUGUUCGGUAUAAACUACGAAACCUUGUCACAGAGUUACAGCACGUGAACCCCCAUGAGAUUCAAUUUGACUGUGAUCAAACUGUAUCUCGAUUUAUCAAGUUCAUCAGCCACUAUCAGCAUAGAGUUGAGCGUUGGACCGGAGAGCGUUGGGAUUGGUGGCCAUUGCCUCGUUGUCUGAGACCACUGAGAGAAUCGGAGACACGGUUACUAUGGCAGUGUGUGAGUACUCAUUUAUAUCCAGCCCUAUAA